ACGCAGAUAACGUUGAAGCCGAGCGCCUCCAGGAAGCAGCAUCUCUCUGUCGCUCUUCUAAAACCGCUCCGACCAGACCGCUUUUCUUUCUUCCCUUUAACUCCUUGUGUCCACCGGUACCAGCAUGCCUGUCAUCAGAACCCUCAGCAAGGUGGCAAAGCAGGCUCUGCUCAGCACCCCGGGGUGCGGCUGCCAACCCCUGACCGUGGCUGUACGAAACAUCAGCUUCUCCCCUCGGCAGGUCACUUCUGAUGCAAGCUUCCACUCUGUUUCCUUCUCAGAAACAGACCACCCCAAGGUGCUCAUCACAGGUGGCCUGGGGCAACUUGGAGUUGGUCUGGCCAAGCUGUUGAGGAAGAGGUUUGGAAAGAACAAUGUCAUUCUGUCUGACAUCAGGAAACCGCCCAGCAAUGUUUUCCACAGCGGCCCCUUCAUUUACUCGGACAUCCUGGAUUACAAGAACCUGCGAGAAAUUGUGGUGAACAAUCGCAUCACGUGGCUGGUUCACUACAGCGCCCUCCUGAGUGCUGUCGGAGAGGCUAACGUGGCCUUGGCACGCUCUGUUAACAUCACUGGGCUUCACAACAUCCUCGACAUUGCUGCAGAGCACGGCCUGCGGCUCUUUGUUCCCAGCACCAUUGGUGCCUUUGGUCCCUCUUCCCCCCGCAACCCCACCCCGGACUUGUGCGUACAGAGACCUCGCACCAUCUACGGGGUUUCUAAAGUUCACGCUGAGCUGAUGGGAGAGUAUUACCACCACCGUUAUGGGUUGGACUUUCGCUGUCUUCGCUACCCAGGAAUCAUCUCAGCUGAUUCUAUGCCAGGAGGUGGCACAACAGACUACGCCGUCCAAGUUUUUCACGAUGCAAUCAAGACGGGAAAGUUUGAGUGCAACUUGAGACCAGACACGCGGCUCCCCAUGAUGUACAUAGACGACUGUCUGCGUGCCACGCUGGAGGUGAUGGAGGCACCAGCUGACACGCUGAGCAUGAGGACGUACAACAUCAAUGCCAUGAGUUUUACGCCCGAGGAACUGGUCCAGGAGCUGCAGAAGCAGAUGCCAGAGCUGGAGGUCACGUACGACGUGGACCCAGUUCGACAGGCAAUUGCUGACAGCUGGCCAAUGAACUUCGACGACUCCAACGCACGGAAGGACUGGGCCUGGAAACACGAUUAUGAUCUCCCAGAGCUGGUCCAGACGAUGCUUAACUACUUUGGCGUGGACACGCGCAUGGCCAGCGCUAACUGAGAUGCUGCAAUGUUAUAGAUGUUGUUCUUUGUACAUAAUGUAAAGAUUGACCAAAGAGAAUAGAGAAACAGAGCUUGUACAUAGUAGUUUUCUCAAUUCUCUGAGCAAAAAUGGGAAAAGGCCCUGCUUGCCUGUGAUACAGCCACCAUGUCUCCAGAAUGUAAAGGUCGGUGCAGGCUAGACAAUCCUCCUUGGUCUUGUAUUUACACCCACUGUGGUCGCUUUUUUUCUUUGAGAUAUUUGCAGAAAAAGCAGUCUCUCAGUGGAAGGGUGUUGCCUGUAUCAGGGUUACCAACAUGGCCUUUAUGCAAACAUCUCAGGAUGAGUAAAAUGACUCACGUUUUUGGGGAAAUGCACAUAAUUUCACAGCAUAACUUUUUGUAUAUCAAGUAAACGGGAAUUUAGUUGGUGCAUUUCUAUGCAGAUUUUCCUAAUGCAUAAGGGCUAGUUUUUUAAGGAUUGUCAGAAUCUAAGGGAUUGACUUGAAGCUCUUGGGGCUAAAAUCAAGAAAGAGGUACAUAUUUUGAUGCUCUUUUCUGGGGGGAAAAAAGCUAAUGAGCCUAAAUAUCUAGAGAUGAUUGUCUGAUGCAGUUCAGCUCAAGAACUCCUUUAAACUGUUUCUGGGUUUAUUCAACUGAUUAUUUAUUCUUUCCCUGUUAAAUGUAAAGAAGCUUAGUUGCCCAAAAGCAUUUAACUUGUUUCUCAGUGUUUCUUUUCACUUCUGUUAUUUAAUAUUUUUCACCAGCUUUCAUACCAUUUUGACACGACGGGGAAAUGUGACUGCGUAGACCACAUCAGCACUUGCCCACGUUUGGUGAUUUCUGUUAGAGAAAUUAAUUUGCAUAUGAGAAAUGUUCUGUUUUCAAUCACAAAAGCUUUGA